AAUCGAAUAUUUGUAUCAAGUACUGGUUUUUGUUUUGAAAAAGAGAAAACUACAAUCCUUCUGCCUUCUUAAAAGCCAUACUGUUGUAGCUGCCCCAGGCUGCUCUCUUACAUCUCCCAUUUAUUGUUUACUUUUAUAAAUUUGCUUCUAAGAUAGUAUGUGUUUCAGCUUAUUGGCAGUAUCUGUGAUAUAAAUAAUGAAAGCUAAUUCUUUCAUUUAGGGAUGAAAUCUUUAGCCCUUACCCAAUAAGCAUCAUUCUCUAAGUUAAAUGCAAUAGAAUGACAACUCUCCAAGUACCUUUUAACUCUUAUACUGUCAUUUCAAAGUCCAGCUCAUUCUCUUAUUUUAAGAAGCAUGUGGUAUGACUGGGUAGGGGAGAAAAAAAGGAAAGCAUGUUGUCACUUGAGUGAGACUGCUUAGAAAUGUUACCAAGUUAGCAUUGGGUGUUUCCUGUUCUUUGGAAGAGAACAGGCCUAAAUAGUACCUUCCUCCUCCUCUGUAGCUACCAGGAAGGCACCAUGAUUGAAAUAAGAGAUGCUCCCUUGCUUGAUUUUUACGUUUAAAUUAAAUUAUCUUUAAAAGUACUUAAGGAUGGGAGUGAAAAAAUGCUGUUUUUAAAGGACUUCCUUGACACAACCUUUGUUUCUUGAACAAAAUGUAAACUAGCUAAACAGAAAAUGAAAUUGGAAAGUCAGUGGGAGAAACAACUGUAGAAUCAGACUUCUAUUUAAAUUCAAGCCUCGUUACUUGAUUUUGUGAAUGUUAUUUCUUGAAGUUUCAGUUUAUUAUAUGGGAGAAAUAACAUUUACCUCAGAAUUAUUCUGAAGAUCAAAUGGAAUUGCUUUAAAGUAUUUAGCUCACUGUCUGACCCAUGGUAGUUGCUUAAUAAAUGGCAGCUGUAUCAAUAAUAAUUUCAUCGAAUGAACAUUUCGCCAGCCUAUGAGAAAAAAGACAUGGGAAGCAUAAGGGAGAGUGAUAAUAAAAUGAACUGAUUCUAAGUGUGUAUGAGAUAGAUUACAUUAGGCAGGGGUGCCAUGAGGAUUAGUAUGAUAGUGACCUUGUUGCUAAGUGCAAAAGCAAAACAAUGACGUAGAAACAAGUGUGCUAAGUACUGAGUGGAGGAGAGAGAUGGAGGCAGACGCUGCAAGGGAAAAAAAAAGUCUGAUUAAAAAGGGCCCUUUCAUUCCACAGGCACAAAAAUCCACAGCCAGGAAUUUGCUACCACCUCUGAGUCAGGCAGGGGGUGGGGGUGGGGUGCACAAUCCCAUUAGUAGAGAAUGUGCAGUGGGUUUAGUCUGUGACAGUCACAUUUCUUAUUUGGACCAGUGUAGACAGGAGUAAACCCAGCUCACUUGUUUCCUGGGACAGUUAAGGGAUGGCUUUCGCAGAGCAUUCACCGCUGACCCCUCACCGUCGGGACCUCUGUAGCCGCUCUAUCUGGCUAGCAAGGAAGAUUCGUUCAGACCUGACUGCUCUUACGGAAUCUUAUGUGAAGCAUCAGGGCCUGAACGAGAACAUCAACCUGGAUUCUGUGGAUGGGGUGCCAGUGGCAAGCACUGAUCAGUGGAGUGAGCUGACCGAGGCAGAGCGACUCCAAGAGAACCUUCAAGCUUAUCGUACCUUCCAUGUUUUGUUGGCCAGGCUUUUAGAAGACCAGCAGGUGCAUUUUACCCCAACCAAAGCAAGAAGAAGCCAAAGAGGUUCAGCAAUUUGCCCUGGCAUCCCAGCUAGAAAGUGGCAGAAUGAGACCUACAGUCCAUGGAUCCCCCCACUGCACUUUCCUGCUUCUCCAUCAAAGCAACCUCAUUUUAGGAAACAUGUGCAACCAAGAAAUGUUUAAAGAAUCUUCCCUGGACAUCAGCCAUGCUGAAUUGGUGAAUCAGAGUUGGAAAUUUGGUAGGAUGGAGAGAAGCCUGAAAUUCGUCCACCGCUGUAUCCAGAACUUUUCUAACACUUGUCUGUUGGGCCCAGUGGGGAGGCCUGUGUCCUGGGUCUUGAUGGAUCAAACAGGAGAAUCAAGAAUGGCAGGCACUGGAGCCAAGUACUGGGGGAAGGGACUAAUGACCUAUGUCUUUUAUACACACACUCAUAAUAUAAAAAAUUUCAACCUGCUCCUAUACCUCCACGUGGAAAAAAUUAACCAAAUCAUGAUAAAGACAGUGUUGUGCAUGAACUAUGUGCAUAUACCCCGCACCUGGAACCAAUGGAACUGUGAGCCAACAGAUGCUUCCUCUGAGAUGGUAAGUGUGUCUUUGAGGUUGUAACUACUUGUAAGGACAGGAGGAAAUUGGGGUAGAUGAGCUCAGUCUGGAGAGUACUAAACACCUUGAUUUUCUUGGAUAAAAACUUUAAGUGGUACGUUCAUAGGUUUAUUUAUUUGUUCUUUCAAGAUCUCAAGUUGCUUGGUAGAUUGGGAUUUUAUUACCCAUUUUCUCAUUUCUUCCCUGUAAUGAAAUUAAAUAUUCAUGCUCUCUACCAUGUGACUUCUCUGUGCCUUCCACUUGAGCAGGAAGACUCCACUUCCUAACCUCAUUCAUAUUGGGUAUUUGUUUUGGCCAAUGGAAAUAUGGGCAGAAGUGACAGUAUGCCAGCUCUAAGCAGAGGCUAUCUACUACUCCUGUGCUUCCACCAUCCACUAUGUAAUGAAUGUGGAUACGUGUCGGAAUGAGGAGACUGUGGAAUAGAUAUAGACUCAGCUCACAGCCUGAAACAGAGUGAACCCACAGACCGGUGAGCAAGAAAAAUAAAUCGUGGCUGUACGUCUCUGAGAUUUGAAGUCACUUAAUCUGGGUUUUCUGGAUCCAGGCAGAAUCCAUCUACCACUGGGUAAGCAGGCAAGUCCUGGGGCCAUCAUUCUAUGAGGAUCCCAAAGUCCCUGGCUUAGAACUGGGCUACUACCCAGGGAAACAAACCGUUUUUAACUGCUUAUUUCAUGUUACUGAAGUUAAAAGAUAUGCACAGAUUCUGUGUUCCUCUUCUUUCUCAAACCCAUGCCACAAUCACUUCACAAUGCAUCUGAAGAUAUAUAAAACAACGUGCAAGGUUCAUUUAUAGAAGACACUAUAGUGUUCUUAGCCAUUCUCUAAUCUUAGAUGUUAUUUUAUAGCUCUUUCCUGUUACAAAUUAGUGCUGCCCUAAAUUUUUUCUAAGUGGAGACUUUUUUCUCUUUAAAUAAUUUCUUGUACUGGGUUCCAAGACCUAGGCUCUCUGGGUUGACAGGGGAGUAUGAACAUCACUAUGGCUCUCAGACCAUAUGGCCUAAGUGCCCUUCACAGGGAUUCUGCUCAAUGAUUGAGUUUGUCACUUUCCUGCCACUUCCUUAGAAUUAAAUUAACUCCAUUUAUUGAGCAGACAACCCUAAGGAAGAUGCAUAUAUGUGGCUGGUGUAAGCAGGAAUUGAAGAGAGACAGCAGCCUUAGCUGCAAAAAUGGUGGACGUAACAUACCAGGAGACAGUCUAAGCAAAUAAAAACAAACCUGUACACUUUAUGUAUUAUGUAAAAGCCAAACACAGUCAUUCAUUCUUACCAACAGCCACUCUAGGAAUGUUUCUCUGUGCAUGUCACUCAGACAUUCCAGAAUAGAGAGCGCAACAGAUGGGGAUCUCUUACCACUUAGAGGGUAAAGAAACUCAAAAAGGAGCUUUGCUCAUUUCUUAAAAAAAUGACUCUCUCCUAACCAGGGGACCUUUUUAUUUUAUUUUCCCUUCUAGAGAACCACACAGAAAGCAUUUUCAUGGGAGUGACAACUUUGUCAAAAGUCACAACAUAAACCAAGGAUGUUGAAAAAUUUUUUUCAUACAUUUUCCUUUGUAGUUACAUCUUCAUAUACCCUCAUGAUGCCAGUCUCUUUAAUGUAAACUCUCAGAAAACGUCAAGCUGGGUAAUUUUAGAAACUAAAAGUUAAAGUUCCCUUCAAGAACAACAGUUUUCACCUCUGUAGGCAGAAUAUUUAAUCUACUGGCGGCUGGGAGCAGUGGCUCAUGCCUGUAAUCCCAACACUUUGGGAGGCCAAGGUGGUUGGAUCACUUGAAGUCAGGAG